AUGUGUGUCGUGCUGCUCAACUUCACGUCGGCAUGCAUAAGCCUUUACCGGGGACGCGACGAACUGGUAGGAUGGGAAAGUCGACGGACGAGCUGGCUCGUCAGUGUAGUUUCUGGAGGUCUGGCAAUUUGGGUGGUAUUCGCAGCUGCGAAUCCUGAUAGGCAUCUCCAUCUGACUGUGACGGCGGCAAAAGCGCUGUCGGUCUUCUGCAUCAAAGUAUCUGGCUGGAUUACAGACCAUCUCCAGCGCCGAAAGUACUCUGAUCUCUGGAAUAUAGGUUGUGUGAGAUUGCUGUAUUGGUGGAAAGUAGCUACCCUCGCAGUUGCCUUGCCCACGGCGACGAUGAUGGAGGUGGCUGUCUUCGGCUGCCACAGGGCGACAGCAAAGAACAUUCAGACUCCAGGAACGAAAUGCUACAGGAUCACAGCAGCAGGGGCACCUGCUGAGUGGAUCUAUGCACUGACUACGGUCUCUUGGAGUCUGUCGCUGGCCUUCGAUAUCUAUAUCACGCCGAUUAUUGGGCAGGCAAAAUCAAAACAAGACCUAGAAGAAGCAAAUCUUCUAGCACCAGACGGAUACAGUCCAUAUUCAGUGCUGUCUCCACACGACACCGAUUUUGAAAAGGCAGACACAGAGGCGUCAGCAAACACUGACAGCUCAAGAUUCCAAACGAAGGAACAUGAUAUCUUCAAGCCGACCGCAUGGGAAGCGCAGAGCGAUGACUCCCAUGAAGAUGGUGAAGCGGAGCAAGACCUCGGUCUGAUCGGAAAGCCACGAGACGUGGUAUGA